UUUUCCCUCCAAGACGACCAGAGCACAAAGACACACAAACUGUCAGUAGUCUGCAAUCUUCCCAUCAAAGGAGGCCCUCUCCUUUUCAUCCGACUGCCUAGCCCUGCAGUAGCAUUUCAAAAGGGGGGGGGGGGGGACGAAAAGACGAGGAAUCCAUAUUGGAAAAAUCACAAUGGAGCCAACCUCUCUCAGAACGACGCUGUAGGAGAGCAGAGCUCCCAGGGGCUUUAUCUCACCUCCGCACACCUCCGCUAUCGUGCGGCCCCCGCCUCGACCCGCCUCCCCCUUCACCUCAGAGGCCCAAUCAAGCUCCCAAACACCCCCAUAACUGUCACGUCUGGCUGUUACUCACCCCCCAUAACACCGCCUCUCACUCCCCCAAUCGCGCUGCGCCCCGCUAAAUGAUGCAAACCGCCAUAUUAAUCUGCCCAUAAACCAGGGCUUUGACGUGGCUGUAAAAAAGGAUAUUCCAUCGUGAUUUAUGGCGCCGACGAGGGAGCUGGAACGCGUCCUUUUUACAGCUCGCUCGGCACUAUUUGGUCGUGCAUCCGUCAAACCCUCGGUUCACUCCCGGCACGCCAACCUCGGCGGUCAGCCCCGCGGUGAGGGAACGUGGGCGAGACGCAGGGAGUGGUCCGGAGAACUUUCCUGCUCUCCCUCUUCCUCUCCCUCUCUCUUUCUCUCGCCCCCUAUGUCUCUCACGCCCUCCCUCCCUUCCUCCCUCCCUGUCUCCCUCCCUGUCUCCCUCCCUCCCUGUCUCUCUCUCUCUCGAGCGUUCUCUUUGCAAAGCCUUGGCCCGGCUAAACCUCUUGUGGAUGUCCUUUCCUGUCUUCGCUACGCAAACUGAGAGGCUCUGUGGCGGGUGCUGUUUACCGAGAAGAGCUGAUGGAUCAGCCUCAAAGGUUUACGUUGGCCCUCACGAGACAGGGCACUGGAGUGUGUGUGUGUGUGUGUGUGUGUGUGUAGUCCUCAUCGUCCCCACUCUCUCUCUCUCUUUCUCUCUCUCUCUCUCUCUCUCUCUCUCUCUGUCUCUCUCUCCUCCCCCUUCCUUGCCUCUCUCUUUUACCGUCUGUGCUCAUUCACCCCAAAACCUAAACAUGGAAUAGAACCGCAGUACCCAGAAUGCACGACAGUGCAUAUACGUAUGGUACAUGCAGGGAACAACAACAGUCAGACACUUCCAGCUGUGUUCACGACAGUAAGACAGACGAGACCAUCAAUUAUGAGUUAACCUUUCAAAGAAUGUAUUAAAGCAUCCAUGAACGUGCAAAGUUUUACUUCACUGAAUUGAAAGUGAAUGGAGCAAGAUCUUGGUACACGUCUUGUCUCACAGUGUAAUGGUUUUGGUCCGCCCUAGGGUCACGCGAAACAGGAUCUCAUUACACCAAACAGCCUUGGGAAGAGCCAUUUACAUUCGCAGUUAAUACUCAAGUUCUCUCUCUGUCGUUUAUAUUUGACCCCAUAACAUUGAAAUGAAAUGAAGAUUCUUUAUGAUUAGAAUCAUAAUGAAGACAUCUGUUCUGGACACAAUAUUUGUCAUGGUAUAGGGAUUGAUCGAUGUAUCUUGUCUCUGUUUUGGAGUGCUUAGCCAGUAGCCAUGCUGAAGAAUGGUCGAUACACAGUAGAGUUGAAUUCACAGUGGGUAGGAUUAUAUGGGUGUGGUCCUACUGAAUGCUGUUUAUCAUACAGAUUCUAAAACCCAACAACCAGCUGCCGAUCCUUGGAACUACACCAGGUUUCAGGAAAUGUAGUCUUUGACCAGGUGCAGCAACAGGGAACUCUGGGAAUCACGAUGACAGAUGAUGACCAGCAACCAGAUACCUUAAACCUUCCUCAGGGAAAAGUACAAUAUUUUCUGUAUUGGUAAUAUACCUGAAGUCAAACCACAAAAAGAUAGUAGGCCUAUGGGAAAUGUAGUUUUCUAUCUCUCUACAUUCAAAUGGCUUGCCAAGAAAAAAAAAGUGUCAUCUUUAUAAAGCAGUGGUUGUUCAUCAUGAUCAUGAAUGCUGACCAACACAUGAUCAGAGCUCACUUUCUCUCCAUCUCUCUCUCCGUCGCCACAGUGCCAGGAAACUUGGGGUGUUUCAAGGACAGCGGGGACCCGCCCACUCUGACAGGAAGCAGCGAGACGUCCAAUAAGCUGACGAUCCAGAACUGCAUAAGCUUCUGCAGGAAGCAGAGAUACUCGCUGGCUGGGAUGGAGUCUGGUUACGCCUGUUUCUGUGGAAACGAUCUGGACCACCGUCGCCAUGGCAAAGCGCCCAGCAUGGAAUGCAACCACGUGUGCUUUGGGGACCACACCCAACCCUGUGGAGGGGAUGGAUGGGUCAUCAUCUUUGACACCCGUGUGGGGGCCUGUGGGGGGAACUACUCGGCCCCCUCGGGGGUGGUGUACUCUCCAGACUUCCCAGACAAGUACGGGGCGGGCCGGGUGUGCUACUGGCCCAUCCAGGUCCCCGGGGCCUCCGUCAUCCUCUUCAACUUCACCUUCUUCGACAUCUCCGACCAGACCGACAUGGUGGAGCUGCUGGACGGAUACACCAAUCAGGUGGUGGCGAGGUUCGAUGGGCGGAGCCCGCCGCGGGAACUGGUCAACGUCACGGGGGAUUUCGUCAUCCUGUACUUCUAUUCGGAUCGGACCAAUCAGGCGCAAGGAUUCGCUGUCCUCUACCAAGCUUUGCAGGGCCAGGGCCUCCGACCCAUGGACGAGGGAGAAGAGGGCGAGGAAGAGGUGGACGCCAGCACCAGCCAGCCUCCGCUGGAGGGCGUGACGGAGAAGUCCAACGUCAGCGGAAACGGCCGCUCGUCCCAGAUCUUCUACGUGAUCACGUCCAGCCCCGACAAGCCUCCGAGCAACAUGCCAGGUCAGCAGGCCAGCAACCACCACACCAUGUGGACCAUCUACGCUCUGGCAGCUCUGCUCACCCUGACUGUGAUCGUCAUGGUAGCCAAACUACUGCUGCACAUCGCAGUGAAAUCUCCCAGCAUCCCCACCAUCAGCGGCUCUGAGAGCUGCAGCCAGAGUGCCGCGUCGGAGCCCUGGAUCAUCCUGUACCGCCCCUCCACCAUCUCCCUCUUCAAGAAGAAGCUCAAGAACCACCAUGGAGAUCUCAGCCCCCUGGUGGGCAACUAGGGGAACUGCAUUCCCCGGUCUCCCGCCACCACCACCACUACCACCAAAUACUACCACUACUGCUACACCCUGUACCAGGGCCGAGAGGGAGCGCUAGGCUAGGCUAGGCUACGCUCCUACAGUGAGACUCUAGGGGGCGCUAAGCUAACAGGCUAACAAGCUAACAAGCUAAAGACUAAGUGACUUCCGCCACCAUGGCCUCUUGGAGGCCCAAGGAGACCUGGAGCUCUGCCCAGAGGGAUGAAGGGAGGGGGGAGACAGACAGGCCUGUCUGCUGUGUGGAGGAGAGGGAGAGAGGAGGAGGGGAAGGAUUAGAAGGGCAUACAGUACAGCGCGAGGUGGACGGAUAGACAGAGAGAUGCGAGGCGAUCCAGACCAACAAACACAGACAGACAGACAGACAAAUGGGGUGUACUGCAGGGUCAUGCUUUUACGGGACUCCGUCUCCAUCCUCCAUAGACUCCUGAGAGGUCAGGCAGUUUCCCUUCAGAGACACGGCCAGUCAGCCCUAGCCUGUAGGAGAAGUCCACCAAUCUCACUGAAACUGCAAGACACAAAAUGGCUGCCAGACCUCUCUGGGAGCCUGCAUCCUCACUGAAACUGCAAGACACAAAAUGGCCGCCAGACCUCUGCGGAAGCCAGCAGUGUUUCAGAGAGAACUGGGCCGAAUCCUAAUCAUUACCAAAAGGGAGAAGACACCAUGACGACACACAGAAUAGGCUACUCUUAGAAACACCUCGAUACCCCAAAACCAGACAGCCACGGGCAGGUGAAGGACACCGCCCACCUCACCCCCCAACUGCUGGUCAUUCAAUAAACACUUAGACUCUCCCACUGUUCAUGUGUUACGAUGGGAGUGCUCACAGAACUCCCUACUGAUUGAGGAUGGAGGGAUGAGAUAUGGGAUGGAAGGAUGGAAAAAGGGAUGGAUGGAUAGUGGAGGGGUGGCUCAUCAGAAACAGGAUUUACGUUCUGUGAUCUUGCAUGGCCAUUAGCAGAUGGAUCAGUGGUCUGUCCUGUGCGGGAGAGGGAGGGGGGGUUAGGAGGGGGGGCAGAUGUGGGUAGGGAAGGCGGGGUGUCUGAUGUGCGCUGAAGUGCCUUGAGGGCGUCCUCAUCUCCAAUCCCAGACCUGUCUUCUGAAAACAACCGGGACUUUGGCAUUACAGAGAUUUAUUAUGGGACUGGCUUUUAAAAUGUUUUUUUUCUAUUUUGUUCAUGUGUUGUUUUCUCCUUAUGUGCCCCUAAAUGUAGUAAACUUAACAUUACUGGACGUCUUGUUCUGGUUAUGUUGCCGUUUAUUAACUAAAGGGGGAUGGUGUUGGAUUGUUGUUGAAUUCCAUGUGGUGAAUGAUGACAUUAAUUCCUGACGUUUUCAUGUCGCGUCUCUGCAAAGCAAGGCAGUGAUCCAUCAGGGUUUUUAUUGUUCACGAUCAUCAACUGCAGCUUGGCUGUGAGGUUGAGGCAUUCAGAGAAUACGUUGCACAUUCCCCACGUUCACUGGACUCACCAGACCCAAGCUAUUCCCUCGAAGCUCAGAAAGGAAAACGAGAAGCUGUGUGGAUGGUUGUGCGUGUGUCUGUGUGUGCGCGCGCAUCCGUGUGUGUGUGCACACGAGUGCGUGUAUGCAUGUGUGUGUUGGUGUGGGGGUGUGUAUGACAGCAAGUUCAGAAACUGUGUCGGUUUGGUGUUUAACGGUGACAUUUCUAGCAGUGACACCGGUGUUGAAAGGUCAGCCACCCUCGACACGUCACACACACUCCUGAAUUACACUUCCUGGACAGUCUUCCGAUUCCCUGUCAAGAUGACUAUUUGGAACAAAAAUUGUCAUGAAGGAGCACAUUUCUCCUUCACGUCCUUACGAUAGCGCUUAUUCAGCUCAGCACUGCGCCUCCUCUGGAACCAACUCCAAACUUUGCAUGUAUUGAGCACGUGCAAAAACAGGGCAAGGGUCCGUAUGCAAAAUGCGCCAUCACAAUGGAAUCUGAAGCCUAGGGUUUACUGUAGGGGAGACUUACUUUGUGAUGGGGGCAGGGGGGGUGGGAUUGGGGGUGGGGGGAAGAUGUGCUCUCCGCUGGAGGAGUGAUCUGUACUGCACGGCCCUGCCGAAUCCUCUCCAACUCACGUUCAUCUUUGCAAGGGAAGAGCACCUGUCCUGUGGUCUGUGAUGUUCACAACACCCCAUGCUUACACAGAUGGGAGGCAGAGAGGGAGGGAGAGAAAAAGAGGGUGAGCGAGAAAGGGAAAGAGAAAAAAGGGGAAAGAAAGAGAGGAUGAGAGAGAUGGGGGGGGGGGGGGUGCAGUAAACGAGUCCUCUUCACAUCCCAAAGAAGUUAACCCAAACUGACAGUUUGAAUCAAGCAAGGUCAAGGUCAUAUCUGGUUAGAUAGCCUGGUAAAUUAUGCAAACUUCCAUUUUGUCUCCUGUCCUUCAUGGAAAAUUCCAUAGCUCUUUCUCCAUGGCUUUUGUCGCUUACUUUGUUUCCUCGAGUUGCAUCAGAGAUCUCCUGCAAUAAAAAUCCCUUUGUACAAGGAAGAAAAACGAUUCCGAGCGGCGAAAUGUCCUUAAAUUGUAAAUAAGGAAUAGUGCAAAUUUUAAUUUAUACAGUAAAUUAUUGUUUAUAUUUUGUAUGUGAAUGGGACAUAAUCUAUCUUUUUUAUAAGUGAAGUACCUUUGUAGUUGUAUUUAAUGUGUUUAAAUGUGGUUGCUAAAUAAAUACUGCAUGUUUCCUAAA